AUUGGAAUUUAUAAGCUAUACUUAUACUUCAAUGGUCACAUUCGUGACGAUCUUUUUGGUUUUUAUAAAAGUAAAUACAAAGUUGGAAAUGAAACAAGGUGGAUGGCAGUUACACAAUUUUCACAGACUUUUGCUCGUCGAGCUUUUCCAUGCUUCGAUGAGCCAUAUAUGAAAGCUACUUUCAAGCUUCAUUUCGGACAUUAUCGUAAUCAAAUAAUUACAUCAAAUACAGUACCAGAUAAAAUAACUCCAACGAAUUCAUCAAAUUAUAUUAUAACAUCAAUGAAAAAAACUCCGAAAAUGUCGACAUACUUAGUUGGAUGGUCUAUUCACGAUUUUAAUUAUCAACAAUUAGUGAACUCAAGUAAAUUUAGUCUGUGGGCAAGAAAAAUGAUGACAGGAAAAGGUUCACUUGCAUUACAAGAAGGCAGAUUAAUUUAUUCAGCUUUAGAGUCAUAUUUCAACAUAGAAAAUCCCAUUAAAAAAAUUGACCACAUAGCAAUUAGUGAUUUCCAUUUCAGUGCAAUGGAAAAUUGGGGAAUGAUAACAUUCCGAGAAUCGGCACUUCUGUUUGAUAAAAAAACUACACCAACUGAUGUUAUACAUGCAGGAUUAAAUACAAUGGGUCAUGAAUAUGCUCACACUUGGUUUGGUAAUCUUGUAACUCCAGAGUUUUGGAAUGUAGUAUGGCUGAAAGAAGGGUUUGCAACUUACUUUUCUUAUGUUGCACGUUCAAUUAUUAAUCCGGAUUAUCAAAUGAUGGACUUAUUUGUCAUUUAUAACUUGCGUUCAGCACUUCUGAGUGAUUCCAUAGCACACAAUCGAACUAUGAAUGGUAGAGGUAAUGGAGAAGCUGAUACUAUUAUGGGUUAUGCCGACUUCAAUGCGUAUCAAAAAGGUUCAUCGAUUGUUAGAAUGAUCAAUCAUUUAAUGGGAUCUAUAGCAUUUACAGAAGCAAUAGAAUCAUUCUUGAAAGCCAAUUUAUACGGUUACGUAACGCCUGAAAUACUUUAUAAACAUCUUCAAAAUUACACAAAGACACAAGGGGAAUUAAUAGAAAAUAUUAACAUACGUGAAGUUAUUGAAACUUACGCGAAUCAACCUGGCUAUCCACUUAUUAGUAUUAAAAGAAACUAUUCAUCUGGUUUAGUAGAGAUUUCCCAAGAGCGUUUCGACCUAAAUUCAAACUGGACCAGUACAAAGCCACCACAAUGGUGGGUGCCUUUGAGCUUUGCAUCAAAAUCACAAACAAAUUCAACAAUCUCAUCAACAUUUGGUUCCAUCUGGUUGGCUCCUAAAGAUAAGGACAUAGUAAAGAUUGAUAGUGAUCCUCAAGACUGGAUUAUUUGUGAUAUCGACAAGGUUGGGUAUUAUCGUGUAAACUAUGACUCGCGUAACUGGUACAUGUUGAUAGAACAUCUGCGUACCGAUGAAUUUCAUACGAUUAAACCAAUAUCUCGAGCUACACUUAUUGACGACGCUUUCAAUCUCGCGGAAGGGGGUUAUAUUCCCUUCGAUAUAUUUUUUAAUCUUAUUGAUUAUCUCAGCAAAGAAACUGAAUACGAGCCUUGGUUUACUUCACUAGAGGCCUUUAAUUUUCUCAAUCAGAUCUUCAAAGACUUACCAGUUCUCCGUACUGCAAUUCAAAGCUACGUCAGACGGCUUUUAAAAACAAUCUAUGAGUCUUUUUCAUUUGAUAAAGUUGAGGAUCAAUUGAGGAUUAAACUUCUACGUAAAUUAAUCUUGUCUACUGCGUGUGAAAUGAAUUACCCAGACUGUUUACAAAAUUCAAUUUUAAAUUUUAAUAAAUGGAUAAAUAAUUCUUCAUGGAUUGUUGAGCCAGAUUUAAAGAGCUUUGUUUACUGUAAUGGAAUUCGAUUUGGAAGUGCUAAAGACUGGGAAAAAGUUUUUAGUAGAUUUAUUGAAGCCGAUUUGCAUACUGAAAAGGAAUUAUUGAUGAAAGGUCUUGGUUGUACUAAUAAUGUUACAUCAAUUAACAAAUUUUUAAAUUAUGCAACAUCUGUUGAUGGAUUAGAGUUGCCAAAGCAUGAAAAUGAUUGCAGAAAGAAAUGUGUUUACAGCGGUCAAGUGAAUAUAACAAUGAAAUUUAUCGGUAGAGCUGAUGUUUUUACGAUUCACACUGAUUCUAAAAUGAUAAUUUAUAAAGAUCAAACACGAAUGGUUCGCGUCUAUCCUAAUCAGACCGAAAAACCAAUAGAUAUAGUAGAUUACAUCAUUACAAGUGGAGACGUAUCAACGAUUAUCGAAAUACAUAUGGAUGAGUUCUUUACUGUGAUAUCAAACUCCCGUUAUGUACUCAUGCUUUAUUUUUCUCGAACAUUUGAUGAUCAUCAAGGAAUUGAUUAUCUCGACGAUAAGAUGAACGACAGAAUCCUAUUUGUGACCAUCUUAAUACCAAAUCAUGCGCAUCGCCUCUUUCCUUGCUUGACUGAGGUGAAACAUACAUCAACAUUCGAUUUAACAAUAAUUCAUCCGAAAGAUUAUAAAUUAAUUGCGGGAACAACAUUGGAGUCAAUUUCUAAGAUAGGUUCCAUGUCAAUAUCAAAAUUUGAACGAACUCCUCACAUUCAAGCUCAUCACUUAUUUUUUGCAAUAUGGACUUAUGAGCCUCGUCAACUUGAAUUUAUGACUGUUUGGCGCCCACCACAAAUGAAUCCUGAUCUUCUUAAUACACUAACUAAAUACAGCCUUAAAAGUAAUAAAUGGAUGAUGAACGUCACGGAUACAUUUUAUUCAGUUGACCCAAUGAAUGUCGUUCCAUUUCCUAGUUCACGUAUUGCAGACAUUUACGUCACACUUGGUGUUUCUUUAUUUAGAGAAUCUCAAGUUUUAUUCGAUGAAGAAGAAUCUACAACAACUGACAGAUUAGAAAUUUUAAUGGAUAUCACGCGUGCUGCGGCACGGCACGUUAUUGGAAUAAUGAUUUUUCCGAAAUUAUGGGCACAUAUUUGGUUAUAUAAUGGUGUUGCUGAUUAUAUUUCGAGUUUUAUAUUUGAUGAAAUAGAACCAUCAUUUCGAAUUCAUGAUAUAUCAUUGGCGAGAACACUUUUGUGGACACGUAUUGAACGUGAUAUACGGCCAUCAACAACACUACCGUAUUAUUUUUUUGAUACAUGGCAUGAUAAAAUGUAUUUUCGUAAAGAUGAAUAUCAAACUUAUCAAACUGAAGCAAUUAUUGCCAUGGUUCAUCAAUACUAUGAUUUUAAAGAUAUCGGGAAUUUGAUAAAACAGUUUUUAUUACGUGGAACGAAUAAACCGUAUGGUCCUUCACCAAACGAUUUCGUCAAGAACUUAGAAGAUAAAAGAUUGAAAAACUUAGUGACUGAUUGGUACAAAAAUCGUGGAACACCAAUUUUACAUGUCAAUUUGGAUGAAAAUGAAGAAUUGGCUGAAUUAACGCAGGAACGUUAUAGUUUAAUUGAAUCACCAGAAGAUAAACAAUGUAACUGGACGAUAUUAAUUCGUUGUAAAUUUCCUGUACCAACUAAUAAUUCUCACUAUAAUAUAUGGAUGUACUCAAACCAAAACGAUAACUUGGUAAAUGCUACUGAAAUACAACAGUGUUUACUUGACAGUCAUUCUAUGGCUGCUUAUCGAGUAAACUAUCCUGAAUCAUGGUGGUCUGAUAUCAUAAAUAUUUUGAAAACCAAUACAAAAGCGAUUGGUGAAAUGCAAAGAAUGAGAAUCAUAGAUGACGUUUUUGAACUUUCAUUAGCUGGAUAUAUUCAUGUUGAUUUUUUAUUCAGUCUCAUUGAAUAUUUAGAAGUCGAAGAUGAUUACUUUCCUUGGCUUGCUGGUGGAAAAAUUCUGAUGAAACUUAGGAAAUUUUUAGGCACUUCCUAUGCUUUGUAUCACAAACCAUAUUUUGAUAAACUUGUAAAAAAGUUAGUGAAUAAUGUAUACAAUAAAUUAUCGUUUAAUCCAAACCCGAUGGAGAAAUAUUAUGAACGCUUACAUAGAAAAAAUGUUAUGAAUAUAGCAUGUAAUUUUGGUCAUGGACGGUGUUUACGCGAGACUUAUUUAAAGCUUAAAUGUUACCUCUACAAAUUCAUAAGAAAAGGCUGCACUCCAGGAAGCUGCUUAAAAUUGUGGAAAGAAUGUAUGGUAGACGCGGAUAUACGAGAAAUUGUUUUUUGCCAAGGUCUAAGACAUGCAACUCCAGAGGUUUGGUACAGAACUUUUCAAUUAAUCAACACAACAAAGUUAUUUCAUUCUACAAAACUUGUUAUUGCACGAGGUCUUGCUUGCACAGAAAACAUUCACAUACUUGAAAAUUACAUAUCAUUCAUGUUAGAUCAUGAAUAUCUUUUUCCAUCGGAAACGGUAUUUCCUAUUCUAUUAACAGCUGCACGAGUUAAUGAAGAACAUGCACAACUGGUUUUACAUUUUAUCACUAAAAAUCAUGUUAAACUUAUUGAGAGAAUGCAAGUAUGGCCUGACUUUCGUAAGCAAGUUACUGGUAUAACUGAUGAAAUUUAUGACAAUUACAAUCCAAGAUCAUCUAAUAUGAGUGACAAAACGGUAAGUUAUUUACUACCGGAGAACAUUAAAAAAAUUAUAGUAUCCAAUUCAAGAUUGGCAGCAAGAAUGCGUCCAAUGAUAGAGCAUUAUCUUGAAAAAAAAAUAAAAAAUAAAAAUAAAAGUUAAAAUUUAUCAGAAUAACUUAUUUUUUAUCACUUAUUGAUUAUUUACGUUGGAAAGUUAUUGAAAUAAGAUUGAAAUUUUUCAUGAAGACAAAAGAUGAAUAAUAUGUAAUCUAUUAUAAAAUAUGUUUAAUUUUUCAUGUUAUAAAAAAGC